AAAAUAUUAAGACAAGACGACACAAGAUUCAUAGUGAGAAACAAGAAAAUUGUGGAGCCAUGGUGGGGGUUCAAACUCUCGACCUAGAGAUCCAAGUGAACAUGCCGGCCGAUAGAUUUUUCAACACUUUCAAGAAGAAAGAAGGAAACUUCACAGACAAGACAGAGGCAGUUUCUGUUCAUCGUGAUGAUCCCAAAUCCAACUCCUCGAUUCAGAUCUGGAACUUCAUCGUAGAUGGAAAGAUGGAGUCUAUUAAGGAGAAGAUAGAUGUUGAUGAAGAGAACAAGUCGGUUUCUUUCUUAGCUAUUGAAGGAGAUGUGUUGGAGCAGUACAAGAGCUAUAAGAUAACACUUGACGUUGUUCCUAGAGAUGAUCGAGUUUGUGUUGCCAAGUGGAAAUGGGAAUACGAGAAGCUAAACGACGACGUUCCUCCCCCUACUAAAUACAUUGCGUUUGUUGCUGAUUACACGCGUGACCUCGAGACUAGGUUGUUGUCUGAAUCAUAAACAUCUUAUCAACGUUUUUGAGUUUCCUUGUUAAAAUAACUCAAAUCUUAUAGACUUAUAGUCCCCUGUUUUGUUUCCUCUUUGGACUUGUUUACAGUCUAUUUGUAGAUAAAAUGUGUUGUUGCAGUCUUUACAUGCGCGAACUCGAAUCAAGACAUCAGUUUCUACUAUUAUCGAGAAGUUUUUUUUGUAGA